UCCCAUCUAUGUCCGGCUAACCCAAGGGUACACCUAAAUCAAAAGCAAAUGACACAUGGACCAGUCUUAAUGCUCCCCCUCUAUCUCUCUCUGUCUACAUCCCAACCGCUUCGAAGCAAAUACUUACGGUUCACAUAUGAACAAACGUACAUUGCAAGCAUAAAAGGAUUUUAAAAACCAGGAGGCUUAGUUCCUCGCAUGAUCACAUAGGGUGGCCAAGGACAAAGUCACUUCAGAGGAUGGGCUUGGGAGGGGACGUGAUGAAGGCCGCCGCGUCGAAAGCUCUGGUCAUCAAGAUCAACCUUGCCUUCCUUGCCUUCUUCCUUCUCGCCUACAUUGCUCUCCUCUUCCAACCAUCUAUUCUCGGCCAUGAGAAUGCUGCCUCUCUCGUCCGGUGCUCCUUUCGCGAUUGCCACACGAAGAAGGUGGAAAAAGAGAUCAGUAAGAAGACAGCCGGAGAGAAGCGAGCAGCACUGAAGAAGGCUCCAAGUUUCCUCCAAGGAUUGCAUGGCAACGUGACUAUCGGCUUGGUGAACAUGGAAGAUGAUGAAGUGAUUGAUUGGGGUGCCUUGGGGAGAACUACAAAAGCAGAUUUUGAGCAGGUAUCCGAAUUGUUUGAAUGGAAGGACUUGUUCCCGGAGUGGGUCGAUGAGGAGGAGGAGAAUGAGGGGCCCGCAUGUCCUGAGAUCCCGAUGCCGGACUUUUCGAUGUACGAUGAGAUGGACGUGGUGGUGGCCGAGUUGCCAUGCCGACGACCGGAGGAUGGUUGGGUCCGGAAUGUCUUCAGGCUGCAAGUUCACCUGGUCGUCGCGAACUUGGCGGUGAGGAGGGGAAGGAGGGACGGGCGAGGGAUGGUGAAGGUGGCGUUCCUUGGUGCAUGCCAGCCGAUGAUGGAGCUAUUCCGGUGCGACGAUUUGGUGGGGAGGGAGGGAGAGUGGUGGAUAUAUGAAGCUCCGGCAGGGAGAUUGGAGGAGAAGGUGGCGUUGCCGGUGGGCUCUUGCAAGCUGGCCUUGCCAUUGUGGAGAGAAGGGACCAACGAGGAGUACGACGUGUCGAAGUUGGCCGUUCCGGUGAACCCCCACCGGCGGGAGGCCUACGCGACGGUCCUCCACUCCUCCGACAGCUACGUCUGCGGCGCGAUCACCCUCGCCCAGAGCAUCCUCAAGACCGGCUCCACCCGCGACCUCGUCCUCCUCCACGACAAGUCCAUCUCCCAGCCCAAGCUCCAGGCGCUUGUCGCCGCCGGCUGGACCCUCCGGGAGAUCGAGCGCAUCCGCAACCCCCGCGCCGAGAAGGACUCCUACAACGAGUACAACUACAGCAAGCUCCGACUCUGGCAGCUUACCGAGUACCAUAAGGUCGUCUUCGUCGACUCCGAUAUCAUCGUCCUCCGCAACCUCGACCUCCUCUUCCACUUCCCGCAGAUGUCCGCCACCGGCAACGACGGCGUCAUGUUCAACUCCGGCAUCAUGGUCAUCGAGCCGUCGAACUGCACCUUCAGAACCCUAAUGGGACGCCGGAAGGACGUCGUCUCGUACAACGGCGGAGACCAGGGGUUCCUCAACGAGGUGUUCGUCUGGUGGCACCGCCUGCCGAGGAGGGUGAACUUCUUGAAGAACUUCUGGGCGAACACCACGCUGGAGGCCAGCAUGAAGAACCACCUCUUCGCCGCCGAGCCGCCGAAGCUGUAUUCGAUACAUUAUCUCGGGCUGAAGCCAUGGCUGUGCUAUCGAGACUACGACUGUAACUGGAACAUCGAGGACCAGCGGGUGUACGCGAGCGACGUGGCGCACCGGCGGUGGUGGAGGCUGCACGACGAGAUGGAUGAGGGGCUGCGGGCGUUCUGCGGGCUCUCGCCGCAGAGGAGGAUUGACCUGGACUGGGACCGGAAGACUGCGGCGGAGAUGGGGUUCCCGGACGGCCACUGGAAGCUCCACAUCUCGGACUGGAGGCAGAAUGUGUGAAGAUGUGGGAGAAGAAGGAUAGAUCGCGAAAAACACAAACUCUGUUGCUGUUAGCUGACAUCAGUUGGAGUUCGUUUUGUUUGAGUUCGUUGGUGCAUAGAAUACUUUGUAUCUUUUGAAAGAUUCAUCUUUGAAGGGUCGGGGCUUGGGACGGUUUCCAUUUUGCAUUGGGCUGCACGUAAAGCCUCACAUUGAUGCAGGAAAUGACAGGAGAAAGUUCAGAAUAAACAGUUUCAUCAAUUCUGACAAUUUUAGGAAGAUGAGAAUGGGUCUCAUACCACGCUAGCUCUUUUUGAUAGAUCAAGGAUGUUGAUUCAUUAGCCCUUUCUCUGUUA